AUGGCCGGUAUCAACGACGCCAUGGACAUUGACUCUCCGGUCGCGUCAACUUCAAACCAGCCAGCUCACUUCAGCACUCCCGUCGCCCCCUUCCCUUCGCAUGCCCCUUCCACUUCACUCUUUGCUCCUUCCAACGCCCCAUCACCCGCGCCUCGCCAAUCUAUGACUCUUGUCAACAAUGCCCAAGCCCGUAUACCACGAACAGGCUACAUCUACGACCCCCUCAUGAUGCUUCAUUGUAUGGAGGGCUAUAUCCCCACGGGCGAGGAUGUCAAGGAUGCUGGUGAAGGUCACCCUGAAGAUCCGAUGAGGAUCAAGAGAAUCUUCGCCCGGCUGGCAGAGAAUGGAUUAAUCAGGCGGAUGAAGCGAUUGGAGUUUCAACAAGUCCGGUUCGAUCAGGUCAUGCUGGUGCACAGCGAAGAGAUGUGGGACAAGGUGCAGGCUACAGAAAACCUCGGCGACGAAGAAGCUAUAGAACUUAGAGAGUAUUACGAACAGCUCUCUCUGUAUGUCUGUCCCGAGACUGCCCAUUGCGCUCGUCUGUCGGCCGGUGGUGUCAUCCAAGCUUGCCGUUCAGUCUGCACUGGCGAGGUCAAGAAUGCUUUCGCUAUUGUUCGACCUCCGGGACACCACGCCGAGCCCAACGAGCACAUGGGUUUCUGUUUCUUCAACAAUGUCGCGGUGGCUACCCGAGAAAUGCAAAGAGAAGGAUUGGCCAAAAAAGUCUUGAUUUUGGAUUGGGAUGUACAUCACGGAAACGGAACACAACGAGCCUUCUACGAAGAUGGAGACGUCCUCUACAUGUCUCUUCAUCGACACGAAGGCGGCACCUUCUACCCCAACAGCGACUUUGGCUCUCUCAACAUGGUCGGUACCGGCGAGGGUCUCGGAAAGUCUGUCAACGUCCCGUGGCCCGGACCUGGGUUCGGAGACGGCGAUUACAUCUACGCUUUCCAAAGGGUCAUAAUGCCUAUCGCUUACGAAUUCGACCCCGACCUAGUCAUCAUUUCUGCCGGUUUCGAUGCUGCCGAAGGCGACUCGCUGGGACAGUGCCAUGUCACUCCUACAGCAUACGGCCACAUGACACACAUGCUCUCCUCUCUCGCUGGAGGUAAGCUCGUUGUAGCCCUGGAAGGCGGAUACAACCUCCACGCCAUCUCGAACUCUGCCCUAGCCGUCACCAAGGUCCUCCUGGGUGAAAUUCCGCCAGCAUUGUCCAAAGUUCCCAAGGCGUCGGAAGCAGCAACAGAGGUUGUGUGGCAGGUGGCGAAGGAGCAGAGCAAGUAUUGGAAAACCCUUGAUUUGAAGGCGUGCGAGCCCCCAGAGGUGAAUACCACAGCCGAAGGUACCCCUGCGGUCUACAACAUUGCCGACCUUCUCAAGGUUCAUCGCGCCCAUUGGAUGUUUGAAAGACACGGCUUGUACCAGAUCCCGUUAGCCAGUCCUGAACUGGAAGCUGCUUUCAGUGGACAAGUCAUUUGCAACGAGGGUGUGUACGAAGCUGGACGGAAGGGUGUUUUGGUGGUCUUCGUCCAUGAUUUUGGUAAUCUGCGGGUUGAGAUCGAAGGCGCCAGAUCGACCAACGUCCACAUGACCAACUCUUACCUCCUUGAUACAACAGACGCGAUCGUUUCGUGGGUUCAAAGACAAGGAUACAAUCUCAUCGACAUCAACGUUCUCAGACAGUUACCGACUGCGUAUCCCGAAGGGCCCAAGAUGGUCAGCAAGAAGGGCGGCUCCAAACUCGAAUCGACAUUGCUGAAGUAUGUCUGGGAUAACUACAUUGAACUGUCCGAAGCAGAAAAAGUUGUCUUUAUAGGGCAUGGGUCGGCCUGUCACGCCCUCAUGGACCUUGUCAAUGAGCGCAUGGUGGAGUCCAAGGUCAAAGCUGUCGUCCAAGUUGCUGGUCUGCAUUCAUUAGUUCGUCCUACUCCGACCGAUAGCGACAAGCUAAAGUGGUUCAAAUCCAUCAAUCAAAUAUAUGUGCCAGCGGAGCAUGUCUUGUUGGAUGAUGAUAAGGUGAUGCGGAGGGUGGGCGAUGCGGUCUUCGCAUCACAAAAAGCAAAGGUCGUCGAUGUCCUUAACGAGUCUCUCCCCCGAAUCAAGCAAUUUGUCCACCAGAAGCUGGAAGAUGUAGCGGAGAUAGAAGCUCCAUCAGGUGAUGAAGGGUCCGGGUCAGGGCUGGGAAAGGCCAAUGGAGUGAACGGACACUCCACGGAAUAG